CCCAGAAGCCCAAUUAACAUAGCAUACCUCGUAACCUAGCUUAAAUCUCAACUCUUUCUCAUACCAAAACCCCUCUCUCUCUCUCUCUCUCUCUCCAUCGGCCCCUUUUGGAUUUCUUCCGGUUGGUGAGCAUAGGUCGUUGGUUGUCGAACUCGGGUUCACUGCACGGCUGCUCUGCGCUUCCCUCAUUGCACGAUCAAACAACUACUUCACUCACAGAGCAUGGUGUUGUUGUUGUUGUAGAUUGGCUGCUCCAUUAUUAUCCGCUCUGUUUUUUGUGCACUUGUAAAGAUGGUGGGACUAUCCCUGGGAGAGAAACAUUUCAUACAGGGUGGUAUCGCUCAAGACCUUCGUUCUGAUGGCCGGAAAAGAUUAACUUACAGGCCUAUCUAUGUUGAAACAGGAGUCAUUCCUCAGGCAAAUGGUUCUGCCAGGGUCAGAUUAGGUGGCACAGAUGUUAUUGCCAGUGUGAAGGCUGAGCUUGGGAGGCCGAGUCAAUUGCAACCUGAUAAAGGAAAGGUUGCUAUUAAUGUUGAUUGCAGUUCAACCGCAGCCCCAGUGUUUGAGGGCAGAGGAGGUGAGGAAUUGUCAACAGAACUCUCAUUUGCUCUACAAUGUUGUCUCUUGGGUGGUAAAAGUGGCUCAGGGGCUGGAAUCAAUCCCUCAUCUUUAAUAGUGGUGGAAGGAAAAAUUUGUUGGGAUCUCUAUAUAGACGGCCUUGUUGUUAGUUCAGAUGGGAAUCUGCUAGAUGCUCUAGGUGCUGCUAUAAAGGCUGCUUUGAGCAAUACAGGCAUCCCAAGAGUCCAGGUUGCUUCAAGUGCCUCAGCUGGUGAUGAUCAACCAGAGGUCGAAAUAAGUGAUGAAGAAUUCAUGCAGUUUGACACAUCUGGAAUCCCUGUCAUAGUCACAUUAACAAAGGUGGGUAAGCACUACAUUGUGGAUGCUACUGCAGAAGAAGAAUCUCAAAUGAGCUCAGCUGUUUCAAUCUCUAUCAAUAGAAAGGGCCAUGUGUGUGGUUUGACCAAACGUGGUGGUGCAGGCUUAGAUCCAAGCAUCAUUCUUGAUAUGAUUUCGGUGGCAAGACAUGUCAGUGACCACCAGCUAAUGAACAAAUUGGAUUCUGAGAUAGCUGCAGCUGAAGCUACCGAAGAAGAAUAAUGAUUUGAUUCGACGUUGGAUAUUCGGUUAAUUGGUUUGUUCAACAGGUCAUGUUAUAACAAACUGUAGUUACUCAAUUUCUCUUUUGAUAUAAAUAUGAAUUAGAAAUAUGUUGUAUGGUAAGUUGACUCUUAUUUUUAAACCAUAGUAUGAAAAUAGAAGCAUGUAAAAAGAAGUUACUACUGUAGAAGCAGUAAAUUCUUGGUUUCUCCCUA